CCUUUUGCUUGUCACUGUUAUUUAUAUACUUUAUUAUGUGCUAUUCAUUUAUGGUCAACAAGUCCAUGUCUGACAUUUUCAUUUAUCUGCUAUUUAUCUCUGCACAUUUGACGCAGUUUGUUGGAACAGCCACAAAGUAAGUGGUGACAAAGCAACUUUCGGUUACAGUGCAGUGUUAAAUACGGUGGGUGUGGACAGCUCGGCAGGAAAGGGACACAAAAACCAGACUGUUAGCAGGAGCACUGUUGAAGACGGGACAUUUUUGAGUACGUUUGCUUUUGUUCCGAGUUUUCAUCUAUACCACAUCAACAAAUACCAGCUUGAAGAGGAAAGGAAGUCUGAUCCAGGAUUUUUCUUAAAGAAAUGUAUGCUAAGAGCUUCAGAGGAAUAUUCAUGCCAUUUGAGGGUGAAUUGGAUUCAGCAGGCAUAACAAAAAACUCCAGUCAAGCUUCUUUCUGAGUAGAAACCUCUCACUGUAAGGAGGAUGUUUUGAGAAGUUUGUUUCCACCAUGCCUGUUGAAGAUGUUGGUCCAGGUCGGGGUGAAAGGAGAAGGUUGUCCUGGAUGUUUCUAGUUCUGGUGAUUGCUACCAUCACCUCCUCUUCCCUGUCUGUGAUCUCCAUGUACCAUAUGCUGGCCCUGCGGGCCGAGGUGGAGGGUUUGAGAGCUGAGGUGGUCCGCAGGAGAGAGGAGCAAAGCGGGACACUAGAAGAAGUGGCAGGAAAACAAACCCAUCAGCAGGAAGAUGAAGAGAGCAAAGAGACAAUCGAGUAUCUGAAGCAGACUGAGAUGGAUGAUGCCGUAACAGACCAUACUGUCCUGUCAAAAAGGAGCCUGGGUCAUACAUCAAGCAAAGCAGAAUCCCAGCCCUGUUUACAAAUGAUGGCAAACAACAGGAGAAAAACCUUCCAGAAAGAGUUUGCUUUGGAAAUAUGCACAGCCAUCCCAUGGCAAGUCGGACUGAAGCGUGGCACGGCUCUGGAGGAAGAGCAGGGCACCAUUUUAAUCAAAGAGGAAGGCUUCUUCUUCAUCUAUAGUCAGCUCUCCUUUUCCCAGGUUUACUACACAGACUCUACGUUCGCUAUGGGCCACAUCGUGAUUCGUAUAAAGAAGAACGUUGUAGGAGACGAGAGUCAGCACGUUGUUCUGUUCCGCUGUAUUCAGAGCAUGAAUCGAGUCAAUCACUUCAACACAUGCUACACUGGAGGCCUAGUGAAGUUGGACUCUGGGGACAGACUGGAGCUUCUGAUACCUCGUACCAAUGCAAAUAUCUCUCUGGAUGGGGAUUCCACCUUCUUAGGAGCAAUACAACUGGCCUGACAAUGGAGAACGACUUUGGAUCAGACACUGAAUGAGACUGAAUAUGCUUUAUUAUAAUUAUUCAUAAGGAUAAUUAUUGACAUUCCCUGGACUCCACGAAUACCACACUUGCUUUAUGUUGUGGAGCAUUCCUAAAAAUGUCUUCAUCUAAUUACUUUGUAUCCAGCUACUUUGGUUCACACUUCAGUGGCAUUUCAUCACCCAUGCACAAAAUGAACAUUAUUGCCCAUA